GCUCAGACCCUGGACGCUGCAAACGUAUCUGCAUCCAAAUCACGAGAUUUGGCCGCAGCGGGUGCGAUGCUCACGUUGGCGGCGGGUAUCGGGGCCGAGGCACCGCUCUUCAAAUUGGCGAAAAUGGCCACAGUCACGGAGGACAUGCUAACUACAGCUUCUCUCACGAGCAUGCAGGAGGCCCUCCCUGCAAUGGUUGCCACGUCACUGCUGGUGGCAUCUGCGAUGGGUGCAGCAAAUCAACAGUUGCCCAGCGAGGAGGAGGGUCGCGCAGGCUGGCUGCAAGAGCUGAACGCAACUGCGCAGAAAAUGUGGGAAAGCGGAACUGGGAGCCUCAACACCCAAGCGACCACGCUGCUGCGGGAGGUAGGAAAGCUGUGGGCCGCCUUUGAUGGGCAGCUUAGUGUCGAGGAGGUGGAGGCCGGCUCGGAAGCCAAACUUCCCGACAUUGGCAUUGCUUCUGUCUCUCGAAACGAUCAAGGAUGUCAUAUGCUCCAGGCGGCAGCAGCGGCCGCACCUGUGGCAGACUCCAGCAGAGCUCUCAGCAGAUGCCUGGAAGUAAAGCUGCUGCAAACGCCGGACAUUCUGACGAUGCCUGCGUGGAAGCCCAAUGCCCGAUGGACCACAGGUCUCACGAGCAAGGGCAGCUGA